GCUUUCCGUGAGCUGUCAGAGGUUUGUUAUAAUGCACAUGAGUGUUUGUGCUCCAGCGAGCUUGUUUGGUCUGGCUGUAUUGGUGCAGGUCAGAGGGACGAUAGUGAGAGAAGGAGGAUAUCCAAAGAUCUUUUCCUUGGAGGAGUCAGUGAAGAGCUCUUGAUAAAAUAACAACUCUGUGAGGGUGUUUUCUGCAUUUCCUUCACCUUUGUCCUUAUCUGCUGGCUGGGAUGAGGGGGCUCAGGAGCCUUAUUGUCGGGCUCCUGUCGGCCUUCUUCUCCACUGCCUUUGGUCUUUAUUUCCCUCCUCAUGUGGAGCAGCUGCCGACCAUCACCGCUCAGACCUCAGGCUCUUUCAUUGCCUUGCCAUUUGAUGAGAACUUCCUGUUCAAGUGUGAAGCCAAAGGCAACCCAAGACCUACGUACCGCUGGACAAAAGAUGGGAUGGAUUUUGACCCGCAUAAAGACCCUCGGCUCAUUAAAGAAGAAAGUAGUGGGACCUUUGUGAUACCCAACACUAAAGAGAGAGUGAAAUACCAGGGAAAAUACAGAUGUUAUGCCUCAAACAAGCUCGGAACUGCAAUAUCAGAGGAAUCAGCAUUUAUUGUGCCUGUGGUGCCCAAGUUUCCCAAGGAGAAGACAGAGCCAGUGGUGGUUGCGGAAGGUGAUUCGGUGGUUUUGGAGUGUAACCCGCCACAAGGAACGCCACCUUGGCAGAUGUACUGGAUGACCAAUGAUCUUCGACACAUCGAGCAGAAUGAGAGGGUGUCCAUGGGCCUCAAUGGGAAUCUGUACUUCUCUAACACACUGGUGACAGACAGCCACGACGAUUACUGCUGUUUUGCCUCCUUUUCCAGGAUACGCACAAUCGUUCAGAAACCCCCCAUGGCCCUGAGGGUCAAGCCAAGCCAGGGGGAUGAUGACAUCACGAGGGUUCCGGAGAGAAAGCCAAACAUUUUGAUGCCCUCCAGUAAUUCAACCACAUACCUAAAAAAAGGAGGAGAGCUGGAGCUGGAGUGUAUCGCAGAAGGACUGCCUACACCUGUGGUAGAAUGGAUCAAGAUAAGGGACAACUUACCGAAGCGUACACAAAUCAAGAACUAUGGAAAGCUUCUGACUAUACCAAACCUCACAUAUCAGGAUGAAGGGAGAUACAUGUGCAAAGCCAAGAAUGAUCUUGGUGAAGCUGAGCAUCAUUUUCACGUUAUUGUGGAGGAGCCUCCCAGCUGGCAGGAGGAGCCAGUGAAGAGUCAGUUAGCAGAGAUUGGAUCUGACAUCCACAUCAAGUGUUCUGCUAGAGGAAAACCACAACCCACAAUCACCUGGAAGAGAAAUGGCCAGCCUCUUGAUGAUUUUCCUUCUACCAAUUACAAAAUGCUUGAUGACAGAAUAAUCAUCCUCGGAGCAGAGCAGAAAGACACUGCCGUGUACCAGUGUGAGGCCUCCAACAGGCACGGGACCCUGCUUGUCAACACUAACGUGCUUGUGAUGAAUCACCCCCCUUUGAUCCUGACGCCGAAUUAUCUGGAGUAUGCGACCAUGUUAGACAGGAGUGUGAUUAUGGACUGCAAAGUCUUUAGUUCACCACCUGCCACCAUUAACUGGAGAAGAGAAGACCCAGAGGGCUCUCUAGAUGGAGAGAGAUAUUCGCUCUUGAAGAAUGGCUCUCUGCAGAUUCACAAAGUCGAGAUGGAAGAUAUGGGCAAGUACAAAUGUUUGGCAAACAACUCUGAAGGCACCGCGGGCCUCACCACUGAACUAUUCAUUAAAGAUUCAACGAGGAUCGUCAAACCUCCUCAAGACAUGAAGGUCAAAAGAGGAUCAAUGGCGGAGCUGGAGUGCCAGGUAGAGUGCGAUGCCACCCUCAGAAGAGAGCUGGAGAUCUUGUGGAUGAAAGAUGGGAUGAAUAUCCUCUCAAACUUCUCUGAAGGAUAUUUCACAUAUGAUGGAAUCCUCCAGAUUGUCAAUGUGAGCCACAGUGAUCAAGGGAAUUACACCUGCAUUGUUCGAACAUCACUGGACCAAGAUUCAGCUUCUGCAUACAUAACUGUGUUAGAUGUCCCAGAUCCACCGGUUCAACUGACACUCACUGAUCUGAAAGACCGCAGUGUGAGGCUCCACUGGGUGGCCGCCAGUGAUCAUAACAGUCCCAUAACAGAGUUCAUCAUCCAGUACGAAGAGAACCACUGGGAGCCAGGGAAGUGGAAGGAGCUUCUACUAAUCGCAGGCAGCCAGUUCUCUGCCCCCUUGACGCUCUACGGCCACAUUAACUAUCAGUUCAGAGUCAUCGCUGUUAAUGCUAUUGGGGGAAGCCGUCCCAGCAUGCCCUCCGAAAGAUAUAAGACACCUCCCUGUGCUCCCGACAGGAACCCAGAAAACAUUAAGAUUGAGGGUCACCUGCCAUAUCAGAUGGACAUCAGCUGGCAGCCGCUCUUGCCUGUGGAGCACAACGGUCCCAGUCUGGAAUACAAACUGAGCUACAGGCUCCUGGGUGUCGAGGACAGUUGGAAAGAACAGAUGGUGAAGAGACACUCAUUUGUGGUGCGAGACACCCCAACAUUUGUCCCCUACGAGGUCAAGAUCCAGGCCUUCAACCGUCAUGGGUGGGCACCAGAGCCACAAGUAGUGACUGGUUAUUCCGGAGAAGACCUGCCCUUGAUGGCUCCUGUAAACGUAUCUGUGGAGGUGUUGAACUAUACGAUGCUGAGGGUCAGCUGGUCACCGGUGCCCCAAUCUGCCUUGAGGGGCCAUGUUGGAGGAUACACUGUGCACUGGUGGCAAACUCAAAGUCUGUUGACCUCUAAGAAAAUUCCCUCAGAGAGACAGUCUCUCACCAUCCCUGGAAACAGGAGUCACACCAUGGUGCCAGGACUGAAGCCAUUCUCUGAAUAUAGCCUGACUGUCAACGUCUUUAACCGAAGAGGGAAUGGGCCCAGCAGUAGUCCCAUCUCUCUCACAACUCCGCAGGGAGUUCCUGAGCAACCUCCCAUCCUGAGAGCCACAAACUUUCAGAAAGACUCCAUCACACUGGUGUGGGCUCCUCCACAUGAAACCAAUGGAUUUCUCACGGGAUACUUGUUGCAAUAUCAGACAGGUAAUGAGACUCUGGGUGAGCUGAAAUCUGUAAACAUCAGUGCAUCAGAUACAACACAGUGGGUCUUGCGUGAUCUGCAGGAGGACAACUGGUAUAAGUUCUACCUGAGCGCGUGCACGCAGGUGGGCUGCGGAUCAGCCAUCAGUGAGGAAGGAAGCACCGUCUCUAAGGCGUUUACAAUGCCCGAACAAUUUUCUACAGUCUCAGCUGAAACUUCGACAGAGAGCUAUGAUCUGUCAACAUCUGAGAUGACAUAUUUUGAGCUGAGGCAACCUUUCUCUUUCACCUCAUCUAAUACAGACACUCCUGUCAAUACCACCUUUCAUACCUUAGUUGUGCUCAACAUAUCCACCUUUGUAACUGACACCUAUGCGAGAAUCAGCUGGAGAACCAGAGGAGAACGUUCUGAUUCACAACUCUAUGUUGCCAUAAUGAAUCACAGUGAUGGUAUCUGGCAGUUUUCAGAGGUUUUAAAUACAUCUAAAGGUUUCCACCUCGUUGAAGGGCUCAGCCCAGGAACUGUGUACACAGUCCGGCUGCAAGCUUCAGAAAGGGUUGAUGUCCCUAGCAUUUUUGAAGAGGUUUUCAAGACCAGGAAAGUGCCUAGUAAACAACUCAUGGCAUCCCAGGACUGGUUUGUGGUGAUGAUGUGCGCAGUGGCAUUACUAACGCUGCUUGUCCUUAUCGGCUGUUUUGUGCUCAAGAACAAAGCCGGCAAGUACGCAGUGAAGGAAAAGGAGGAAACUCCCGCUGAUCCCGAAGCUUACGCCAUGGGUGAAGAAUCGCCUUGCGAGUACAGUGACAAUGAUGAGAAGCCGCUGAAGAGCAGCCAUCAAUUGUUCACAGACAUCGAAGCGGAUGAUAGCAGCGAGGACAGCUCUGUGAUGUCGGACGACGAUGACUGUGAGUUCAACGAAGACGGGUCUUUCAUCGGCGAAUACUCGGGGUACAAUCGUAGGGUGUCCACAGAGGUGAACGGACACGCCCCGGUGACUUCUUAAUGCUGGCCCAACCUUAGGAACUUUGCAACUAUUUUACAGGGAGAACGAGAAGUUCGUUUGUAAGAUGUUCCAUGAAUGUGCCUGUGUUAUGCUUUUGCGUGAAUGGCCACUUCUUUACAGUAUUCAUAUGAAGGGUGAUGACAGGUUAUAGUUCCGGCCAUCAUGAUACUUGUGCCAUCAUUUACUCAUCGCUGUACUGUUUCAAACUGGUACAGCUGACUUCUAUAGACAUUUAGUAAAAUGUUCAUGGUGCUCGUUUCUUACAAUAAAAAUAAAUGGUUACCAAGGACCGCAAAAGAAAAGGACAAAAAUAUGUCUAUACCCUUGUGGAAAAGAA